GGUAAACACCGGCUGCUGACGAGCUACGGUCGAUCUGUCAUCAGAUGUCACCUUUGAUCUAUCACUGUUAGCCACGUUGCAUGUUAAAACAAAGCACGAAUUUGCACCUGAUGAUAACGAUUUUUAUCUUCCACGUGUAAUAAACAUUGAACCGGAAGACAGAUUAUUCCGCCUUAAGUAAUUUUAAGCUGAGAUCUACGUUGCAUUUACUAGACAAAGGAAAAGAUUCAAGAGAUCAGUGAUGAAGUUAGUGUGUUGCGCUGUCCUGUUGCUGGUAUCUUGCCACUGGAGCUGUGGAGAUCAGGAACAAACCCAGCAUGGCAGUCAUCAUGUCCAGUCUGAUUCACACCACUUUGAUGGCAACGGAGAGCACAAUGCUCACUUUGACCAUGAAGCCAUUUUGGGAUCCAAGGAGCUAGAAGAAGAAUUUGAUACACUUCCUCCAGAGGAGGCUAAGAGGAGACUCAGCCUGCUGUACAAACAAAUGGAUGUGGAUGGGGAUACAUUUGUCACAGAAGAGGAACUCAUGAAGUGGGUCAUGGAAUCCUUUAAGAAGCUUGAUGCGGAAGAUUCAUUGGAAGAAUUUGAGAAACAGGAUAAAGACAAAGAUGGGAAAUUAACAUGGCGGGAGUUCAUUUCUGAAGUGUAUGGCUACAACUCAGAAGAUAUGGAGGACUAUAACAAACUCACCGAUGAUGACCUAGAAGAUUUUAACAAGGUGAUAUCAGAGGACCAGGAAAAGUUCAAAAUUGCCGACUUAAACAAAGAUGAAGCAUUAGAUGAGGAAGAAUAUCGUGCUUUCACACAUCCAUACGACUACGUACACAUGCAUGAGAUAGAACUCACCAGGGCACAGAAAGACUACGAUAAGGAUGGAGAUGGAUAUAUUUCAAAACUAGAAUAUGUUAAAAGAGAUGGAGAGGGAGACCGUGAAAUGGAGAUUUAUGAAGAGGAGCAGUUUAGCAGUUAUGACAGGGAUGGUGAUGGAAAGCUUGACCGUGAGGAAAUCGUGGAAUGGGUGUUGCCUAGCAACAGGGAAGCUUCAUUAGAAGAGGCACAACAUCUGAUACAGCAUGCAGACACAAACAAGGAUGGCAAACUCUCCGAGGAGGAAAUGGUUGACAAACAUGAUGAAUUUGUCGGCAGCCAGGCAACAAACUAUGGGGGAUACCUACCAAAGGAUGAGUUAUAGAAAUUUAAGUUAUUUUGUUAGAUUUUUUUUUUUGUAUUGAAAAGUAUGUACAAGUAUGUUUUAAGAAUUCAAAAUUAGCUUUAUGCAAUGUUACCAAAGCACUGUAAGCCAAUGCACUGUUUACUUAUGAAAGAUUUCAUCCCAAUAGCGAUUCACUUACCUUAUUUAUCCAGCAAUAAGCCCACCCAGGGUUUAUUGCGUGAUACAUAUGGUACAUGAAUAUUGAUUUUGUCACACUCAAAUCAGUCGUUUCUUUCAAUAUGUUAUGUAUACUGUACUUAUGUAUUUAUUACAGUACAAAUCUAAUUUAAAUGUUUUUUUCAAUUCAAUUAUUUUAUGUUUUUAGCAAAUCUAACAGUAAUACUUUUUCAAUUUCCCUCCAACCAUUAAUGAAGUUUAAGGGAACAUCCCAGCAAAUUUAUUGUCUUAUGGGUUGCCCUAAAUUUAACAUUUUUGUGAUUAUUCUCACAGUUAUAAUAUAUUUUAGAAUAUACUGGUUGUUAUACUUUUUCAAUGGCCAACCUAGCAAACAUAUUAUUGUAAUGAUGAUAUUUUAGUGGUAAUUCUGACAAAAGCUUUUUUUUUAAACUACCAGGGCCAAGAAUCGGAAAUCAAUAAUUGAUUUAGUCAAACUUGUAGAAGGAGUUCACUUUCAGUCCUUAAAUCAAAAUAAAAAAAUUAGGACCUUCUUGAAGUAAGUCAGGAAGUACAUGAUAUUGUCUUAUUGCAAAUGGUGUCUUCAUAUAGGUUCAGCACAAAUGAAAUUUGCUGUUAUGGGGAGUUUCAACAGUUGUCUCUUAACACAGGUGGUCUCUAAAUAGAGGUUGUCUGAUUUUUUUUAUACUUUUACAUAUUGCAUGAUAUGAUCAAACACUUUUUGCCUUUUUUCUUAGCUGACGCUGUACAUAUUUUUGUAAAACUGUGUAUUUCGAUUUGGUGAUAUCGUGUUAAAUGUCCUCACUUUCACUUAUAUUUUGUUAUACUUUUUACAGUUACGCAACACAUUCCAGUUCAGAUAUUACUGAAGCAAGGUUGAAAAACAUUCAUACCAUAUGGAUAGGCUUUAUUAGUUUAGUGUGUAUGUGGAUUGUAAACGUGUUGUCAGAUGUGACUUUAUACCUUAUAAAAGAAAAGUUUAGCCAAUAUUUCUAGAGACUUUUAAGUGCAUUAUAACUAGCCCAAUGCUCAGGACCAGUCAAUUGUAUGUCGAGGCUGGCAAACACUAUAUCCGAUGAAAAUCUAGGUUGGUUAAGUAGCUGAUUUUUCAAAAUCUGUCUGUAGACUGGUGCUCUAAUACUGAAAUUGUACAGCCUUGAGUGUUCAAUAUCAUGUACCUGUCAGAUAAAGCUAAUUUAUUUACUGACUGGAGAAAGGGUUUAUAUUGAGAUAUGAAUAUAUUAUUAACAUACAGUAUUUAUUUUUUAUAACGGGAUCAAAGUUAGAAUGUGCAUAGUAUAAAUAUGGCGUUUUUUGUUACCUAUAUUGAAUACUCAAGUCAACCAAAGAAAUGUUCUUGUAAUUAAGAUGUAUUUACAAAGUAUACCAGAUCUAUGUUUACUUUGUCAUAAUAUUGUGCUGUAGCAAAUCAUUUUACAGCUGUUUUUCCCUGUAUCACAAUCGAUAAAUUUCACUCAUCUGGAAAACAAAGCCCCGAAGCAUAUGUACCUAUAGCGAAUGGGGAAAAUCAUGGCUUAUUUACCUCAUAUAUAGAUGAAGUGCAUUAGUCCGUCUUUCUUCUCAUUUGUGAUAGGUGAUAGAAACUGCAUAUAUUGGCAAAUCGGAUCAAAGUUUGUACAUCAAGUUGGUUUAUUUCAUACCCUGAAGAAUUUGUUUUUUUUAAUUCAUCAAUGCUUAUGUCAGAGCAAUAUCGGAAAAAAGUUUCAAAUCAAGCAAUCCCUUACUGAUGUUGUUAAGCUGGUAUUUGUCUAUCGUUCUUGAUACUUAAGUUGAUAGACUGUCUGUUUAGGCAUGUUGGUUUUUUCCCCCGUUAAUUCCGUAUGCAGUUUGAUAUAUGCAGUUUGCAUUAUUAAAAUGUUUUGUUUAGACAUUCAGAAGGGUCUCCAAUUUAAUGCUGCCUUCAUGUUUGCCUUGGGAACUUAUAAUGAAUGCUAGACUGGGCACUGACUUAUAUUUAACAGAGUGAUAACCAGGUAGUCUUGUUAAGUUUGCCACAAGUGAAUGUUAUAUUGGAGAUACAUUUGGAUGCAGCACAUAAUUUUGUACAUUGUACAAGUGUAUAUUAAAUGGUUUUAGAUACUAAAAUAUUUUAUACUGCCACCAUCAAAAUUAUGAUGUUAAAAGGAAAUUUGGCAUGACAUGAAGAGAGAUGUAUACAGGAAUUGAAAAGGAAAAGAGGAUAGUUAGAAAGUCAGCAGUAAGCAGGUGAUAAAUCAAAGUUUUACUAGUAUAAAUACAAUGUACCUAGUCGCCUUAUUUUAUUGACUUUUUGGUAAUAUUUAGAUACAUCAGUCAGUGAUUGAAAGGGGAUACGAUGUUGAAUGAAUGUUUUAUAUGAAUGACCAAGCUUUACAUAUGAAAUGAAAUAUAUUUAAAUACAUGUAAAGCUACAAAGCGUUAGAUAUCACUGUGUUAAUAGAAACAUUAAAGAUUGUGCAAUA